AUGUCUACAAGCACUGCCUACAGAGGUCCGAUCAAGGGAAGAGAUGUUUACACCCUAGCUAGAAAGAGAGUGCGGCAAGAAAACGCUCGGAUUGAUAUCAGUUCAGAUAUACUGGACAGGUCCCACGUUGUUAAGGCUAAGUAUCCAUACAAGACGUUGGUGAGAGGAGAACUCCCACCUGAUGUAGACCCAGCAAACAAACAGCAUCAUCUCACAGACAAAGACUUCCUGGAGGUGAUCCGAGUCAGUCGCUUCCAGUUCUGUCAACUACCAAAGUGGAAACAAAAUCAGAUCCUGAAGAUGGCGCAUCUCAAUUCCGGUCACACGACCAGUUCACUUUCAAACCAAUUGUCUAUACCGUGUCUUUCCCUACACUUGCAAUCAUGA